CUCGGCUCCGGGGCGAAAAAAUAAGGGACAGAGGGAGGAAGAGAGAGAGAGGGCGGCAUGAGCGGGUGAGAGAGUGCCAGAAUGGGAAACCCCAGAGACACAGCAAGAGAGACCGGAGUACAGCCUAUCUAACGCCUGCAGCCCAAAACCCACGCGGAUUCUGUGGCUCUCUGUAUCCGCAGGUAUUGUACCGAGCUCCUAGCUCUGAGGACAGAUGAUGGUGCGCUGGCAGUGGCAGCCUGUAACGAGCAGCCUUCCUGUGCCUAUCAUCCCAACGCCGCUUGUCCGCCUGCGCGCCUGCCCGGCUUCCGUGUCUGCCCACACCAAAAAAAGGUGGACUGAUGCCAGCCUGGCUGGGAGCACGAGCGCCAUUGCCCAGGCCUCUCUAUCCACAGUUAGGUCUCCAGCUGCCGUGUUGCAAAUAAUUACAUAUGUCCGACUCCGCAAAGUAUGGAACUACCGUCUGCAGCAUCCUGGAGAUCGGGCCUGCAUGAUCAACGAUCAUUUUCAUAUUCGCGCGGGGAGGCCCUUGCCUUGUCAGCACCCCUUCCCCCCUGCAGCGCCUGCGUCUGCAGCUGAAGAAAAAAGAGGAGUCGACAGCAAAUUGACCGCCACUCGUUUGAGUUUGCACCGUGCUUGGCUUGGCUUUGGUUUUCGGGGUGCUGAUGCUGGAAGCCGGUGUGCUUGUCGUGGACCCUGGCUGUGUGUUUCAAGGCGGGUGGAUGCGUUGUUUGUCGUGUGCCUAGCUAUGGGUGUACGUCCGUAUCUAUGCUUGGGCUCUCCUUGUUCUUGCAGCGGAGAGACUGAUCUGGGAUCUAGGUUGAGAAAUGAUGGAGGGGAGGGGGGUUGUCCGUAUAUAGUAGCCUUGUGAGUUGUAACGUGAAAGCUAGGCAGGCCCAUAUCAGACCAUUUUGACGCGGAGGUAUGGACGGAUGGAUGGGUGGAUGGCACCCUGAUUUCUAGAGAUAGGACAAACUACUCAGCAAGCUAGGUAGCUAGCUACUCAGCUCGGCCCUCUCCUCAGCACAUGCCUCGCAUCUAUCUCGAUCGAGUUCUCAGGAGCCAUUUCUCUCCAAGAUAGAGCGUCUGUUCGUUCUCUGCAACUAAUUUACAUCAACCCUCUGCAACUAAUUUACAUCAACCCUCUGCAAACCCAAACCCGGCUUAGUUGUCGACUAUGGAACUACUGUACAACGGCAUCAACAGGUCCAU